AAUGCAUUAUGCAUCAGACGUGGCAAAGAUUCAGAUUCGCAUGUCGUACUAACGCGGCGGUAGUCUUUGUCGUGUAUCAAUUAAAGAAAAAAUCCCUCUGCUCGUCACUCGUCAGUCGUCACCCGCAUGAACAGUGUGCAGUAUCGUUCUCCGCCUACAGUACCCGGACGACACUUCGAAGUAGAGAGCAAGCGAAGCUCCUCCAAUGGCGACGCUCCUGCUUACUCGGCGCUUCGCUUCCUCCUCCUCCUCCUCCGUCGCCCGGAGGAAGUGGGGCGCGGUGGUCGUCGGCGGCGGCCACAACGGCCUCGUCGCCGCCGCCUACCUCGCCCGCUCCGGCCUCUCCGUCGCCCUCCUCGAGAAGCGCCACCUCCUCGGCGGCGCCGCCGUCUCCGAGGAGCUCGUCCCAGGCUUCCUCUUCUCCCGAUGUAGCUACCUCCUCAGCCUCCUCCGCCCCUCCCUCAUCCGGGAGCUCGAGUUGGAGAGGCAUGGUCUCAAGCUUCUCCGCAGGAGCCCCUCGUCGUUCACCCCGUGUCUCGAUGGGCGAUAUCUCCUGCUAGGGGCCGAUGCGGAGUUGAACCACUCGGAGAUCGCGAAGUUCUCUAAGAAGGACGCAUUGGCGUACCCAAGAUAUGAAAAGCAACUGGAGAAAUUCUGUAAGUUCAUGGAUUUUCUUCUUGAUUCGCCACCGCCAGAAAUAAGGCAUGAAGCUCCAUCUGUAGUUGACGGCAUGAAGGAUAUGCUACAUAAAUCUGCAUUUUGGAGCCGUUGCCUCCAACAUGUUUUAAGCUUGGGGCAGAAGGACAUGAUGGAUUUCUUGGAUCUGCUACUUUCACCAGCGUCAAAGGUUUUGAACAACUGGUUUGAGACAGAGGUGUUGAAGGCAACACUUGCAACAGAUGCUGUAAUUGGUUCUAUGGCAACUGUCCACACUCCAGGCUCUGGAUAUGUUUUACUGCAUCAUGUAAUGGGGGAAACUGGUGGUGAACGUGGUGUUUGGUCGUAUGUUGAAGGUGGAAUGGGCUCAGUGUCCCUGGCUAUAAGUAAAGCAGCUCGUGAAGCAGGAGUGCAUAUUAUGACAAAUGCCGAGGUUGCCCAAGUGAUCGUCGAUGAGAAUAGCAGAGCUGUAAAGGGGGUAGUGCUGGCUGAUGGAACAGAGGUGCAUUCAUCAGUUGUUCUCUCAAAUGCUACCCCAUAUCGAACAUUUGUGGAACUAGUGCCUCCUAACUUGCUUCCAGAAGACUUUAUCUCUUCUAUUAACAAUUUGGACUACAGCUCAGGAACGACAAAGAUUAACUUAGCCGUUGAUAGGUUGCCCCAGUUCCAGUGUUGCAAAGGUAACCAUCUUGAGACAGGUCCUCAGCAUGUGGGAACCAUACACAUUGGAUCUGAAAGCAUGGAGGAAAUUGAUGAAGCCUACAAAGAUGCCUUGACUGGUGUACCAUCUAAAAGACCUCUUAUUGAAAUGACAAUUCCCUCCGUCUUGGAUAGGACGAUUUCUCCGCCAGGUAUGACAAGCCAGCAUGUGAUUAAUCUCUUUGUGCAAUAUACACCCUACAAACUUGCAGAAGGCAGCUGGCACGAUUCGAAUAUCAGAGAAUCAUUUGCACAACGGUGUUUCUCAUUGAUCGAUGAAUAUGCACCGGGAUUUAGUUCAUCAAUUAUUGGCUAUGACAUGCUGACCCCUCCUGAUCUCGAACGAGAGAUCGGCCUAACCGGAGGGAACAUCUUUCAUGGCUCCAUGGGCUUGGAUUCUUUAUUUUUACUGAGACCGGUGAAGGGAUGGUCCGAUUAUAGAACCCCGUUGAAAGGGCUAUAUCUGUGUGGGAGCGGCGCGCACCCUGGAGGCGGUGUGAUGGGUGCUCCUGGGCGUAAUGCAGCCUCUGUUGUUAUUCAAGACAUGAACAAAGUCUGAAUGAAAUGUUAGGUCCCGAAAGAUCUAGUAUGUAAAAACUAGUCCCGAGUCAUUUCUUGUCAGAUCGACUCAUAUGCGGCUGCAUAACUUAAUAUCGACGCCAUCCUUGGCCCUCUCAUUUCCAUGAGGUCGUGUUCAAGUCACUAUAUUCAUCAUUUAAUGGGCUAAAAUCUUGCAUGUUAUAUCUUCAGUUA